AUGUUAUCGGUGGCAGAUGGCGAGGAGCAGGCUAAACCACAGCGGCCUGGGGAACACCUUUUUACCUCUAUGCUUGUCCAUGAGGUGAGGAUCAUUUCAUUUGUGCUAGAGCACAGGGGCCUGGAUGAGGCUUUCCAGCUGGCGAGAUGCCGAAGACACUUGACAAAGGCCUCAGCUGAAUUCAUCCGACUACAUCUGUUGUCAUUGAAUUGGAAGAAGGAUCACGUUAAUCGCACAUUAACGGUAUAUACAGAGCCACUGGUUGAUAUUACCGAGAUAAUAGUUCCUCAAAAUAAUAAUGGGCUUUACGCCAUUGACAUUUUGGACCCUUCUUUUGUUGUCAUGUGCCAGUGCGCACUUUAUCUUCUGAACGCGAACCAUAUAAUCUGCACGAGGCCAAUAGCCUAUGUCACUUCUUUGAACAAUGGUUAUGUGACCAAUGGUUAG